AUGAGGUCAAAAGACGAUUCCGAUGAAGAUGCCGAACGUUUAUACGAGAAACUUCCAGGAGCAACGUGCCUUGACCCUUACUCUUUUGGGAACAUAAAAGUUACAAUCAAGUCAGGCGACAUCACUGCUGAGGAUGCUGAGUGCAUUGUUAACAGCUUAAAUAAAGACUUGGAUUUUAAAAGGGGAAUGAUUUCACAGGCGUUGAUGAAGAAAUGCGGGAAAUCACUUUUGCAGGAGGCACGCUCAAAGAAGGGUGACAUGAAGAAGUAUGAAGUGGUUAUAACGAAAGCUCCGCAUUUGAAGUGCCGUCAAAUUAUGCAUGUUGUGGCCAUAGAGUCGCCACAGGACUGGAGACAGAUUAUCGUCAAGUGCUUAGAACGUUCCAAGAAAAAGGGCUUCCGUAGCCUUGCAUUCCCUGCAUUAGGAACUGGCAUGAGUGCUCGCGUCGCUGCGGCAACGGCACAAAUUAUGGUUCAGGCGAUAAAAGAAUUUGCAACGGAUGGGUGCGGCAGCUUAACAGACAUCAGAUUUGUGAUUUUUCAGAAAGAGAUGAUUGAAAGUUUUCACAGUGCAGUUCGCAAUGCAAAAGGCUUACAGGUAGUUGGCAAAGAAUCGCCUCCAUCCAAAAAGCCUUCCCCUCGUACGGCUGUUAAGUGCAAUGCAGAUGCUGACUCUGUGCAAUUCACAAUAUGGGCUCUUGAACAGAAAACUAUAUCGGGAGCAAUUCAUAAGCUCGAAAGUUGCAUAGACCGGGUAAUCUCCAUAAGAGAGUUUACAGACUCCUUCCUUUUAAAGAUGGAUGAUAAACAGCUUAAGAAACUCAAGCAGAAAGCAGAAGAAAACCAUGUUGAGUACAAAUUGAUUGGUGGAAACAUUCAGAUUGUUGGUGUUAUGCAAAAUGUGUUCAAAGUCACGGAUGAUAUAAACAGCGAGGGUGACACAGUCGUUAUAGACUUUAAGGAUUAUACUGAGUAUUGCCAGUCAAAGCCUGAUGAAAAGGAUACUAUUCUUCGAAAAGAUCUGAUCAAAGAAUUUAGUGGUGAGGUCCCUGCCAACUGGAAACCAAUGAAGGGGAACUUGCUUGUCUACAAGAUGGCAUUGGCUGACCAGGAAUACACGGAUAUUGCAUGGAAAUUCUAUGCUUCAAGUGGGGCAGACUUCACCAUUCAUGCGAUCGAGAAAGUUCAAAACAAAUCACUAUGGCUACAGUAUGAAGCGAAAAAGAAACAGCUCGAGGGCCAGAAUCCUGCAGGAACGAAAAACGAGCAAUUCCUGUGGCACGGUACAUCUGAAGACACCGUGGACAGUGUCAAUGCACAUGGCUUUAACAGAAGCUACUGUGGGAAAAACGCGACGGUCUACGGAGAUGGAGUUUACUUUGCAGUACAGGCAAGCUACUCUUGUCAUAAUACAUAUUCAAGACCAGGAACACAAGGAAUAAAAAGAGUAUACUACUGCGCUGUCCUUACCGGUGUAUUUACAUCAGGAACUCAAGGAAUGCGUGUCCAGCCACCGAACCUUAAUGUAGGAAAGAAUGCUCUGUACGAUUCAGUGGUCGACAACACUGCAAAUCCGGGAAUGUAUAUAAUCUUCAACGACACCCAGGCCUACCCCAUCUAUAUAGUAACAUUUAAGUCACCAUAGGCAAUAUUUGGUUGAAAGACAUUCAUCUUGAUCACUUGAACACUAUCAGUCAAUUGACUAUAAAUUAAACAGAGUUCUUGUAAGAGUCGUAGCGUCAAUCUCCUUGGACUAUUCUCGGUACUUGUUGUUGCUGUUGUGUUUUUUUCUGUAUUAAAUCCAUUGUAUUUGUGUGUGUUUUCUGAAACUCAGUUAAGCUUAACUGUUUCAAUAAUUGAUAUUAAUGAAACAGAUGCCCGAGCAUUUACGCGUUUGCUCCUGCACACCUGUUGGAUGUUCUGUAGAACAUACAUUUUUGUAAGCGAUUUUAAAACCUUUUUGCUAUGUUUCUUCUCUUAUGUCUAUUAUACAGUGGAUAUAACAAAUAUAUGGCUCAACAAAGUGUUUUGAUUA